UCGUUGCAGUCUAUACAAUUUACAAGUCGCAAUAGGUCACCAUUGUCAUCAUUCACCGCAGUAGGUUGUCACGUUUUUCAUUGGUGUUGUUGAUUGUCGGCGUGAAAUAAUUAUGGGAGAUCCUGAGGAGAACCGGGUAAUACUGGUACUCAAUGGAACUCGAGUUCCAGCACAGAGGGACAAAUUAAUCAAAUAUAGCCGCUACUUCUCAGCAUUAUUUUCUGAGAACUUCAAAGAUCAUCAGCAGGAUGAACAGCCAAUCAAUUUCUCUGUAUCACUGAAUACCCUCAAGGAUUUCAUCAGUUGGACUGAGGAGACAAAGGAGAAGGAAAAAAAACUCCGGACGCACAAAGUGGAGAGCUGCAUGGAAAAAUUUAAAAAAAACCGUGACUUUAAUGCCUUCGAGCUUCUGGAUCUCAGCGUGGUUUUGCUGUGUGACAAACUGACAAAUGAUCUCACUUCGACAAUAAUUCUACACUGGAUGACGAAUGAGAAUAUUCUUCAUAUCUGGACGAUAGCAGAGGCUCUGGGGCUGGAUAAACUGAGAGACGUGGCCCUUGGGGCUUGUCUCGACAGAUUCGAGGAUAUUCCGAUCCCCUUUCUGCUACAGCUCGACCUAGAGAACUUCAUGAAACUCGUGGGAAGUGCCAACAUCAAGUGCGCCAAGGACUGGCUCAGGAUCGUCUGCAGAAAGGCUGCCACACACUAUUCAUCAUCUGCUAACCAUGAUCCAUCUAGUCAUCUGUAUAAAUCACUGAUGGACAUUUUAAAGCCACCACACAACAUCUGCCCUAAUUGUUCGAACAACGGGCCAAAUUAUGUCUCCUGUGUGGUGGCAUACAAGUCCCUUGAGGGCAAGCCCAAGAUUCCUUGUGUCUACUGGUGGAAAAAUUCCAAGUUCUCGGAGCUUGUCGAUCUCCAGGACAUAGCCAGGGUCAUGGAUCAUGGGACCGAAGUUUUUGGCAGACAAGUCAUAGGGAGGGGUUUCAAUAUUUACGUGAUUGGUGGUGAGAGGGGACUGGGAUCAGGUCGUUUUCUAAAAACAAUCUGGCGUUAUUGUCUGCUCACUCAUACUUGGUUUUCAUUUGCUGAGCUGCCGAGAGCAAGAAGACACAUGGUAGCGGCUUUCAUAAAAAAUAAACUGUACCUGGCCGGUGGCAUUGGCCAGCACCGUCUGCAGCUAUCGAGCGUUGAUGUCCUGGAUAUUUACUCAGGGGAGUGGUCCACAGCAGCUAGAAUUCCUGAGAAGUUCGCCGAAACUCCUCCCUACUCCGUUGUCGAUGGCAUGCUAAUCUACUUCAAGACUCACUUCUACUCAUACCAUCCCGCCACCAACGCUUGGGUUACCCUGAAGAUAAACUUCCCAGAUGACACACCCAUCAUUCACAUUGAUUCAUUGAUGGGUUACGAACACACCCCCUGCGCUAAUGGCGAAAAUGUUUAUGUUGGAAUCGCUGAUCCGGACAAACCGAUGACUCGUCUGUUCAGUUUCCCUGUGCAUCUUUUGAGUGGAAAGCUCACGUUCAUCAGCGAACAGUCCUAUCAUUUUCCCAGGCAGAUAUUCAAUGGUUCAAUGCUCUUCAGCUUCUCAUGCACCGAUGGACGAGUUAAGAUCGAACGUGGAACAUUUGAGGACAUUAACAUCUACCAAUUCGUUGGCAUUCGCAGCACUGUCCUAAAAGGUAUACACGAGUCGGGAUUCCAAAGUCGAUUUGGUUGCUUUAAUGUCAUCGAUCCUGAUAGCAUACAUCAGCAGGCUUCGUUCACUGAUCAUGGGUGCAUGAGAUUUUAAUCACCCCCAGAAAUGACAGAAAAGAGUCAGUGGUUUUGAGUCAUGAAAGUUUAUUCAUCGUACAUGUUGUAACGGAAGCAGUCUUCAAACAAAUCUAUCACGACAUUAAUUAUCGGCUACAGUGAAAUUAAAAAAAAAUUACCACGAUACCAAAGCAAAUGCCGGAUAAGUCGGUGCAAAAAAAUGGAGAGAGAGAGAGAAGACGGUAAAGUGAUACUCGUAGGAUUAUACCUUUGCAAGAUUUCUCGUGAGGAUGCUGGACAACCGCACGAGUACCACAUUCCAGAGACCCAUCCGACACUCGAUCUGAUAGCAUGUAAUCCUUUUUUCUUCGUCGUGUGCUCAUAUUGUUGUAAGUUAUAAUUCGCAUCACUUGGAGUUUUUUAAAGCUCGAAUUAGCGUUGCAAAAGAAAAAGAGAAUAGAAGAGAGAGAGAGAGUGACAGAGAGAGAGAGAGAGAGAGACGUAAAUGUAAUUGGAUGGCUCCUGCUAUCCAAUUCAAGGCGAUAUGACAAAACACACGGAAAAGAAGAAAAAAAAGUUAAAACAAUGUAGUAACAAUAAUAAUAAAUAAGAUGAUUCACUUAAUAUUUUA